GCCAGCUUGACGCGGUGUACCGCUAUGUAGCAGCAAGUACUCCGUGGAGUAAAACAAGAACGAUUAAAGGAUGAAACGAAAGCGAAAGGACCGUAAAAACUUCCAUUUGGAUGAAAAAGGACUCGACUCCAGCGAGUGGAAAAUGUUUUGGAUGGGAAAGUGGUGGAUGUUAAUCCUUGUUUUGGCCGGUGUCCUCCCGCAGCCUGGCGGCGGCGUGCACGUGUUUGUGCGCGAGCAGAAGAAGUACGCGGUGUUGUUCCAGGUGGCGGUGUUGCCGUGUCAGUACACCAGCGUGUCGGUGCGCACGCCCGUGGUGCAGUGGGUCUACAAGUCGUACUGCCGGGACACCACGCCGGACUCCUUCAGCGUCCAAGGCGGUCCGAGUGGAGGUGUGGGAGGAGGAGGAGGCGGAGUCACGUGGGCAAACGGCGCGACUUACCUGGACUGUGCCGACAGCAGCCGCACCGUCAGAACCGUGGCCUCCCUUCUUGGAUCCUCCGUCACGCUGGCAGAGUACUACAAGGACCGAGACAUCUCCAUCAUCAACAAGGCGGACCUGCGCAUUGCAGACGUGCAGUGGGGGGACAGCGGUGUGUACAUCUGCCAGGUGGUGAUAGCCGACGACCUGGAAGGGGAGAAUGAAGCGUCUGUGGAGCUGCUGGUUCUUGGGUUGUCAGGUGUGCCUGGAGACCUGCUCCCAGGCUUUGAUUGGAAGAUUAUGCCAGAGUGGGUGUUUGUGUGUGCGGUGUUGGUGGGCGGUGUGUUGCUCCUCCUGCUGGUGGGUGUGUGCUGGUGCCAGUGUUGUCCUCACUCCUGCUGUUGCUACGUCAGCUGCUGCUGCUGUCCUGACACCUGCUGCUGCCCCCGACACCUGUACGAGGCGGGGAAGGGAAUCAAGACUCAGACGCCUGCCUUCGCUCCUGCCUUCACUCCCUACUUUGUCUCUGGUGUCCCAGCCAUGGUGCCCAUAGCUCCACCUUCCCUGGUGGACAACAUCACACCUUCUAAUGGCAGUCUACUCUCUGCAGGUCCAGUUCAAGCUGCAGGAGCUUCCUGCCAUCAGGACCAGCAGGACUCUCUGAGGGUUCUUCAGUAUGUGGAGAACCAACUGGCUCACUUCAGUCCUGCCAGGUCCAGCAGCCAUCAGUCUUGCGCUCGGUCAGAGCUGAGUUCUCUCCACGAAGGAGACACAACUCUCCGCCACACCCUCCGACAUGUCCAGAAGAAAACACUUCCUGUCCGAGAUGAGCGCCCUCAGCCUGAAGCCAGGCGAUACCAUGACGACGCUCCUUCUUCACCUCGCCGUUACCAUGACGACGCUCCUUCUUCACCUCGCCGUUACCAUGACGACGCUCCUUCUUCACCUCGCCGUUACCAUGACGACGCUCCUUCUUCACCUCGCCGUUACCCCGAGCACCCCGAGUUAGAGGCCCGUCACAACGUGGAGGACGUCACGCCACCACGCCGCUACAGUGAUGACCCGCCUCCCUCAUCUACGUCUCGCAGGCACGGCCGUAAUCAUCAGCAGCACAGCCACAGUGACGACUACCCUCACCUCAGGUGGACCCCUGGAUCAGAACACCUGCACAGGUGGAACCCUUGUUCAGAACACCUGCACAGGAAGGAGUAUCAGGGCGCAGGAAGGAGUUCACUGGAGGAGUUAGGCAGCAAGCAGAGAGGAGGCAGAAGGGACCAUGAAGACCAUGGAACAGAACUUGAGGAGUUCAGUCGCCAUCCUUCAUCCCCACAUGCUCCUCCUCCUCUGCGUUGCUACGACGACCACCACCACCAGCCGGGAGACGGCGGUGACGAGCGACACGGGAGACACAGGAAAACUGAACGCGACAUAAGUCCACUUCCCUCCCCCACAAAGAGGCGGGGCACCUGGGGCGCCGAGCGCUCGGCCCCGCCCCCCGCCGCCGUCAACCCGCCGCCGUCUUCCGACGACGACGGAACAUUCCUGAACCGCCUGUUGGAGCGCAAGGCCAAGUUGCGAGGGGCGGACCACGGGAGGAGCCAGGACUCGGACACGCCCUCCAAGAGGAGUGGGGAGGAGUCAGGCCCACGCCGGAGCAGGUUGCCUAGCAACCCACCUGAAGCUGACAGGCCUUCACCCCUCACUCCUUCACCCCUCACUCCUUCACCCCUCACUCGGAGAGAGGAUGGCAGAGACAAGUCUCGUAAAGUGACUACUCUUCUCUGCCGGGAUUCCCUCAUCGUCUGAUUGGCUCACGGCGGUCAUGUGACUGGACGGGAGCUAUGGUACUGACUGGAACUGGUACGCUUCAAAGACCAUCCUUACUGAUGAUGUCAUCGCUGCCUGGUUUGUGUUGCUGAAGCGCGCACACACACACACACACACACACACACACACACACACACACACACACACACACACACACACACACACACACACACACACACACAUUCUUGUAUUUGUUACUUAUUGAGACCUGAGAAAAAUGCCUCCCUCUUAAGGACCAGCCUUUCUAGAUAUAUAAAGAUUAGUAUUUACAACAUUAAUAAUAUAUACAUACUAUAUAAAUAUAAAAAAGCUUGUUGUGAAAAAUGAGUUGGAAUUUCACAAGAAAAAGGUCACAAUUUCACAAGAAAAAUUUUGAAUUUUGGCAGUAUUACAAUAAAAGUCGUCAUUUUACUCAACGCAAGUCAAAAUGUGACAAGAAAAACUGAACAUUUGUGCAAUAUUAUGAUAAAAGGUGGAGUUUUUCUCAAUAACGGUCGCAAUUUUACAAAAAAAAGCUUAAAAUUCUGGCAAUUUUAAUAAAAAAGUCGUCAUUUUUAAAUUCACAAUUUUAUAAGAAAACUUGAAAAUUUUGGCAACAUUAUAAUAAUCAUCAGAAUUUUACUUGGAAAAAAAUAUGACUGGAAUUGUACUCUAUAAAAGUCGCAUUUUUACAAGAAAGGCUUAAAAU